AAAAUUAAAUUCAACCUUUUAUUAUAAUUUGUGAACACUGGGAAAGUGAAUAAAUAUUGCAAUUCUAUUUAAUUCGAUAUUUUGCCGAUUAUUAAAUUUUUUUUCAACAAUGCUAAAACCGCCCAGCUGACAAAGAAGUCUGAGAUUAACGUGACAACAUCAUAAGCAAAUCUAAAGCUUACGUGACAUCACUGGGAUUAUUUUGUUUCAACUCAUGUUAAAGACAAGUUUCUGAUAUUUUUAAGAUUUCCAAGAAAGUAUCAGUUGAUUUCACUUAAAAAUGACAGAAACCUCAAGUAAAGAUGUAAAUAGUUCUAAGAUUAGUGAAGAAAAUAAUAAAAAAAUAAAUAAUAAAGAUAUAAAAGAAACUGAAAAGAAAUGGGGCUAUGACCUUUACCCAGAACGUAAGGGAGAACCACUCAAAAGAAGCUGGAGGAACAUUUUACUUGGAAGAGAAGGACAAGAGCCGAUUGAAAAAUAUAAAUGUGAACAGAAUGUUUACAAAUGUGUCUUAAACUCGCCUCUCAUCAAGUUGAUGAUGGGUGCAUUGAAAUCUAGUGGUUGUCCAGUUGAUAUUCGUCGUCAUAUUUCAUGUGAAGUGUGCGAUAAAUCUGUAACUGGUGGCUAUGAUCCCGUCUUAAAUCAAAUCGUUGUUUGCCAAAAUAUGGCAAAAACUGAAGGAUUCGUGCAAGGAGUUCUGGCUCAUGAAUUUGUUCACAUGUUUGAUUUUUGUCGAAACGAUUUAGACUUUAGAAACAUUGAUCAUUUAGCAUGCACUGAAAUAAGAGCUGCUAACUUAACUCACUGUUCAUUCAUGUCAGCAAUAAUGCAAGGAGACGCUUCUCCACUUAACAUCAAAGCCACUCAUCAAUAUUGCGUGAAAUCGAAAGCUCUUGCAUCAGUGCUAGCAGUUCGAGAUGUAACACUAAAUGAAGCAAUCGAAGCUGUUGAAAGAGUCUUCCCCAAAUGCUACAAUGAUUUAGAACCAGUUGGUAGACGUUUGAGAAGAAAUUCCACUGACAUUUAUAAAGCUUAUCAUGAAGGUUUUUUGUAUGGAUACGACAUUUAUUAACGGUUACUUAUAGCCAAAAAUAUUUAGUUGAAUAUUUUAGAGGUAGUCCCGAUGAUUCCGCUGAAGCAGGAAACUGAACGAGCAACAAAUUAAAUUAACAUUUCGUGUAUACAUUUUUUCAAGAAAUAAAAUGAAAAAUUAGUAAAGUUCUGAACAUACAU